AUGAACCCAGAUAGAGUAGAGUUUCCAACUAUUGAGGGUACAACCCCCAAGAUUUUCGCUGGUGUGAAGUACGACAUGAGGGAAAGAAGAACCCCGUGUCCAGAACCGGGUUCCACUAACAUUUACUUGAGAUUAAAGGAAUCAAAGCAAAGUGAAGGAGUAGCAGAAUACAAAGUCGGUUUUGUGAAAGGUGUGAGUGUAUUUCAUGGUAGGUAUUCAACAUGCAUGUGCGCAUUUACAGAUAUGGUGUGAAUUUAAUUCAUGAUUACCAUUUUCAAAAUAAUUUGAGAUGCUACAUUAGAUGGUGUCUGCUCUGAGUUGUGUUGAAGGAAUGAAAAAUAUUCGUUACUUUAUUUACUUGCGGGGAAAUCAUCAAAUAUAGAUUAAGUAAAAAACGUCCGUAAUGGUAGAAUAUGGAAAGAAUUCCGGCUACAAUGCAGGAUUAUGUAAGGAAAACAGCAUUUAAUAUGCUAGGAGAAGGUUGUGAUUGGCUUCAAACUUUCUGCUCCUAGUCGAGGAAACAACAAGUCAUGUGAGCUCAGAAUAUCCAAUCGUUUAUGACUGUACAACUUCUCGGAGCAUGCAGCUAGUGAGUCAGUGAUUGACACUUACCUUGCACUCACUGAUAGAGAAAAAUCUUUCCUCAGUUUCUAUUUUAAUGUCUAUCAAUCAUUCAGCUCUAUGCAAUUACCUACUGUCUUCCAAUACUGUUUUUGACAUGUACCUGUUUUCAAAUUUGCUACGAGUACAUUAACGCUCUUUCUGGUUUGACAUCGUAUAAACACUCUUCUUUGGAAUUGUCGAAACCACGCCCAGACAGGUCUCAUUAUAUAGGGACUAAAUAUAACAGAUACAUAUAUCCAGGACAACUAGAAUGCAAAUUAAAUGAAUACAAGGCAAGUCAGUCUCUUUUUUUCCUCUGAGACAUCGAAUCAGCUGCGAUACAGAAACAUUGAAAUUGCCUGCUCAAUCAUGGUGAGAACAUCUACCAUAAAAGGGAAUUAAGCUUUUUGAACUUAAUUUUCUUUAAAUUAAAGAUUUAGCCGGAGUAAUCAAUCAAUUAAAAUGGGUAUCAAUGAAAAUCGGUAUCAAUCAAGUGUUUUUUCAUUGACUGGUAACGAAAAUCGGUGAAAAAUCGGCUAAAUUGCUGUGUCAAAUCGAUAUUAUCGAUUUUUCAUGAUUUUAACGAUUUAUAGCGGAGGUCCGCCAUUGUUGUUUUUUGGGAUAAGUUAAAUAGUACAGCCGGCUGAGAAUGCACAUCCACGAGUAACAACUGAUCAACAAACAUGAAAAUGAGAAAUGUGGGAACUAUCACACACAUAAGUUUCUCUCUAAAAUUCUUUAUUUUGUACAUAAUAGAGAGGAGAACUUGCUAAGUCAUGUUGCCAUGGUAGCAAAAUUUUUGGAUGUCAAAAAAAGUGGAUCCGCACUGUUUCAAACUUCAUCGAUCUUGUUUACUUUCAUUAAAUUUGUCAAAUGUUGGCGAAAUUUUCUGGGUUAAAUCCGAAAGGAACGUAUGUAAGUUUAGAAAAAGAAAAACAAAAUUUUUGUGUUGUGGUCACCUACUCCAUAAAGCGGGCGCGUGAAAUUAGGAAGUUUCAUGUCGCGGUCGUGCAACAACGGCUAAGAAAUGUACAAAAAAGGGUGAUGCAGGUGCAAAGAUGUUUUUUUGCCAAUGUAAACCUAUUGUUUUUUUUGCUGUUCGCCGUCGCCGUUGCAAAAACUCCUUAUUGUUGUCAUCCAGAAAUUUUGCUACCAUGGUAACGUGACGUCACACUUCUCCUCUCUAUGACAGAAAUGGUUCCGUUUUUACAUUCAGCUCCCAGGGCACGUAUCACGGGAAGUACAACCUUAGAUAAAGAUUUUCUAAUUCCUUGCCUGAAUUUAAGACUUCCUCCUGAGUCGAAAUUCAGGCUAAACGAUUUACUUAGAUAGAUUUUCCCCAUUUUCUGUUAUUAACCGAUAUAAAGAGUGUGUCCAUGAGAGAACCAGGCAGGGUGUGAUUAUGCUUAAAUCACGGAUUUGCGGGAUGUAACUACACCCAGAACUACACCAACAAUAUUUUAAGAGGGUGGCACAUCUAAAUUGUGAAAACUGGGCGCCCAAAAAUUUUGCCAAAAUUCGCAACCAGAAAAGGAAUUCAAAACUGUUGUAAUAGAAAAGAUAAGAUAUUUUCAAAUGAUUUUUAAAAAAGAGUAAUAAUUGUUUGGUCCUUCGACUCUCAAUUGCAACUCAAUGGUCAACAAAUUUACCGGUUUGCAUGUAUUCAGUUUUUCCAAUACAAAUCGAUGAAAUAAUCUGUAAAGGGACCAGAUAAAUCGAUCAACGAAACAAGUGUGUCAUUGAAUUCUCCCGAUCGAUAAAAUCGAUAUCAAUCAAAUCAGAUUUAACGAUUUUUUUAUCGAUUUAUUUAUCGAUUGAUAAAUGGAUGCCGAUUUUUACCGAUUGACUACUCCGGGAAGACUAACUGCCUCAAUAUAAACUUUACAUGCAAUGGCGUUUGCCAACGGUUUUGCUCUUGGAAAUUUAGGCCCAAUCAGUUGCUUGAGAUCUCUGACAAAUCAAAUGGAGGACUCGCUUGCAGGAUACUGAUUCGAAACCCAACCGUUUUUAUUCCAGCACUGCUAUACCUUUCACUGAUCACAAAGCUAGUCUAAACAAUUCUCAUACGUUUAUUGCCUUUCCUUUCAAGGGUCUCCAUUCGAUGAUGAGAUUUGGAUAGGAGAAAGCAAAAACUGCGUGGUUAAAAACGAUGGAGGAAAUAACAAUUAUGUCAUCUAUCUUUCCGACGAGCGCGACUUUACUCACACGAUCAUUGAAGAUUCAGAAACGCUUGGCCAAAUAUAUCUCGUGAGGAAGCGAUAUUAUGGAGGAGGACAGUAUGAACAGCAUAAAAACGACGAUAUUGGAUUCGAUGAAGAAACUAAAACAAUAGUGACCUUCAUGAGAGACAGUCGAGGGAAGCAUAAGUUCACGGGACGAAUCAUAAUCAGACGUUCAAAACCAGGAAAUGUUGCUGAAAUGAAGCUAUACCUGGUUGAACCCAAAUCCUUAAUUAAAGUGCAGAUUAGAUGCAAGCUCAGAAGCUUAGAUAUCGAAGAACUUGGAUGCUCCUCUGAGCGCAGUCUUCAACAUUACAAACAAGCUUUUGGCUCGAAUAUAAACGAUCGACCUGUUCCAAGUGUCCCAUUCCAUUAUAGAUUUAAUACCAAUGUAGAAGCUGAUCCAAUUCCUGGGCUUUGGGGGAUUUUAUCAUCUCUCUCGGUGACUUUUUGCCUGCCGCUGUCCAAAAAUUCUCGCUGCUACUACCAGAGAAUUCCUUUAUUGCCCUUGAUGAUGAACUCAUGGAUGAGAUCGGCGACUGGGAGGCACAACGUGUCCUCUUUUAUCUGA